AUGUUUCUCUUCCCUGUUGCUUUUUUGCCAGUGGUUUUUAAAAUUGGUUUUGUCAGCCUCUCAGCUCUGCAGCACUGGAACUGUCCUAAUGGAUACAGACUAGAGACUGAAAACUCCACUUGUAUAGAUAUUGAUGAAUGUCUUGAAGGUGGUUUGGGAACCUGUGGCCAAAGCUGUAUCAAUGUUCCAGGGUCUUAUAUCUGUUCCUGUUUGCCUGGCUACACCUUGGAUAUAGACAAAUGGUCUUGCUAUGUGAACGACCCUGCACCUUUUUUACUUUUCAGCCAUGGAAAUGCCAUCUUCAGAAUUGAUGCUGAAGGGACAAAUCAUGAAAGACUGGUGGCUGAUACUGGUCAGUCAACACUUGUGGACUUCCAUUAUGCAGGAGAGAAAGUGUAUUGGGUUGACUCUGAAAGACGGCUUCUGCAAAGAAUUCACUUGAAUGGCACACAACGAGAGAGACUAUGUUACAUAGAUAAAGGCGUUUCAGGAUUUGCUAUUGACUGGAUACAUCAAAAUAUUCUUUGGGCCAAUAAACAGAAAGCAACCAUUGGAGCAACAGACAUGAAUGGGAAAAAACACAGAGUUUUUCUAAGAGAUGCUGGUCAUCCCACAAGGAUUACCAUUGAUGCUGAGCAAAGGUUGUUAUUUUGGUCUUCAGACAGUACUGUUUCCAGCAUAUACAGAGUAUCCCUUGAUGGGAGUAAUAGGAGAAAUGUUUUAAGAACCACAGGAAAAAUAAAUGCUAUCUCACUGGAUUUGAUUGACCUAAGGCUCUACUGGAUCCAACAUGACCAUGAGAAAGAAGUUUCCCAUAUUGGAUCGUGUAAUUAUGAUGGUGGGGCUAUUCACUUGCUCAAAAAUUCUGUUCGACAUCAGUUGCUUGGUAUGUCUGUCUUUGCUGAGCACUUGUACUAUUCAGAGUCGAAAUUGGGUAUGAUAUGGAGAGCCAACAAGUAUACUGGAAAAACUGUAGUCACAAUUAGCCUGAAGCCAUCAUUUUUUCCACCAGUGGAGAUAAAAGUGGUACAUCCAUUCAAACAGCCAGGUGCAAGAGAAGAUUCUCAGGAUUUUGAAAAAGAAUCUUGUGAUCUGAACAAAGAAAAGUGCAGAAGGAGGAUCUGCAGGCCAGACUCGAGGACUCAUCGGUGUAAAUGUUCUAGUGGUUUUAUUUUGAGUCGAAAUAGACAGUUUUGUGAAGAUAUCAAUGAAUGUGGCUUUUGGAAUCAUGGCUGUACUUUGGGCUGUGUGAACGUCCCUGGUUCCUAUUACUGCACCUGCCCAAGAGGUUUUGUUCUGCUGCCUGAUAGGAAAACAUGUCAUGAGCUGAUUUCCUGUGUAAGUAACAUCACUGAAUGUAGCCAUGGAUGCCUUCAGACAUCUAAAGGGCCUGUUUGCUUUUGUCCUGAAGGAUCUAUACUCAAAGUGGAUGGCAAAACAUGCACAGGCUGUACAUCUCCAGAUAAUGGUGGCUGUAGUCAGAUAUGUUCUUCUUUAAGCCCAUCCUCCUGGGAGUGUGCUUGUUUUCCUGGAUAUAAGCUUCAGCAGGACAGAAAGCACUGCACUGCCAUAGGACCGAAGCCAUUUUUGUUAUUUGCAAAUGGCCAAGACAUCCGUCGAAUCAGUUUUGAUGGAACAGAUUAUGCAAGUUUACUUGACUGGCAGAUGGGAAUAGUCUUAGCACUGGACUCUGACCCGGUUGAAAAUAAGGUUUACUUUGCCCAUACUGCCUUGAAAUGGAUUGAACGAGCUGACCUGGAUGGCUCAAAUCGCAAAAAAGUUGUUCACGAAGCUAUAGAUAUACCCGAAGGACUUGCUGUGGACUGGAUUAACCGUAAAUUAUAUUGGACAGACAGAGGGAAAGCAUGCAUUGAGAGGAGCAAUACGGAUGGAAUGCAAAGAAAAAUGAUCAUCUGGGAAGAUAUCUCCCAGCCCCGAGGGAUUGUCAUUCACCCAUUUGCUAAGAGGUUAUUCUGGACUGACAUGGGGGUCAAUCCCCGAAUUGACAGCUCUUCACUAGACGGUGUUGAUCGUCAGGUUAUAGCCAGCACUGGUCUGGUGUGGCCCAGUGGAAUAGCUCUUGACUACUUAGCUGACAAGUUAUACUGGUGCGAUGCUAAACAGUCGGUUAUUGAGAGCGCAAAUCUGGAUGGUUCUGACCGUCGAAUUCUUGCACAGAAUGAUGUAGGCCAUCCCUUUGAUGUAGCGGUGUUUGAGGAUCACCUUUGGUUUUCUGACUGGGCUAGGCCAUCACUAAUGAGGGUGGACAAGAAGACAGGCCAAAACAGGGUACGUCUUCGAGGCAGCAUGCUGAGACCCUCAUCAAUGGUUGUAGUUCAUCCUCUGGCAAAACCAGGGGCAAAUCCUUGCCUUUAUGAGAAUGGAGGCUGUGAUCAGAUCUGUGAAAACAGUUUUGGAGUUGCCAGUUGUUUGUGCCAUCGAGGAUUUAGAAAAACUCAAGAUGGAAAAACCUGUCGUGCACUGAAUGCUUCUAACACGAUAGCAGGCAAUGUCUUUGUGCAUAAGGAGGCAGUGCCACCGCCCACACUGGGGACCUUGCUCCAGAGCACACAAAGUAGUGAAACAUUCAAGGAUAUUGAAAGUGGGGAAAAGCAGCAAAUCAAUGUUUUAUUGAUGGCUGAAAUCAUGAUAUCAGACCAAGACGACUGCGCUGCAUUAGAAUGCGAUGUCAACGCACAGUGUGUUUUGCUGGAAGAUGGAGCUGCGUGCCAAUGUUUGAAAGGGUUUACGAGGAAGGGCAAAUUGUGCUAUGAUGUCGAUGAGUGUGCUGUAAAUAUGGACCGCUGUAAUCGAAAUGUGUCAGGCUGUAUCAAUACUGAAGGAGGCUAUGUCUGUAAGUGUCUGGAGGGAUACACUGGAGAUGGACUCCGUUGUUAUGAUAUUGAUGAGUGCAAGAUGGGGUCCCACGUCUGUGGAGAGAAUAUAACCUGCACAAAUACAGAAGGAAACUACACCUGUUCUUGCACUGAUGAUGUUUCUGGAACUGGCAUCAGUUGUGAAUCUACUGUAUCUCCUACUACUGUCAAAAGUGAAGACACUACAUACCCUGUGCAAGGUGAUUUUGUAGGAUGUCCACAUUCAUAUGACUCCUACUGCCUUCAUGGUGGAGUGUGCAAUUAUGUUUCUGAUCUACAAGACUAUGCCUGCAACUGUGUGACAGGCUACGUAGGGGAACGCUGUCAGUUCAGCGAUUUGGAGUGGUGGGAACAGCAGAAUGCCGAGCAAGUGAAGAUGCGGAACGUAACCAUUGCAGUUUGUAUAGCAGCUGUGCUCUUGCUGCUCCUGCUGGGCUCCCUGACUGCCUACUGCUACAGAAGUCAAAACUUCUAUAAGAAGAAUCUCUAUGCAGAAGCAAUAAGAGAUGGCAGCAGCCGUGCUGACAAUGAGAACGUGACACCUACUUGCAACAAGCCUCGGUUUGCAGUUGUCAAAGAGUGUAACAAUUCUCUGGAGACUAAAGCAAUUGAUCUAACCGAGUGUCAAACAGCAGACCUUCAUCCUGCUUGUUCUUCAGAAUAUGUGGAAAAACAGCCUGUAACAUAUGACAAAGCAGUAGAGAGUUUGGCAGAAGAGGAAAAGGAACAAGGCUGCCGACAAGAGGUUCCUCGUGGUGAAAGAUUGCUUCAGCCCAGGGUAGCUGAGAAGAAUCCUCUCGAGGCUCCCUGGAGUGUCCGUUCCAACCUCCUGCCAGAAAGAGGACCAUGUGAGCUUGCCCCAGCCAGCCUAUUGAUGCAGCCAGACUAGAAAUAGUCUGAGUUGAGUUGAAAAGGAGGGAGGAUGAAAUCAGUAGAGAACGGGAACUUGUGAAACACUGAAACAAUCCUUAUCUUUUCCUUAACUGUGCAUUAGCACCACAAAUCAAAACAGAACAAAGAAAUCCUUGACACUCCUUCUCUGUCAUCUCUGCUUGGAAGAAUUACUGUAAUCAAUAUAUUAUCAAUGAAUACUCUAUAAAUAUCUCUUUAAGGGUUAACACUGCUAAGCUCAUUUACUGGCAGCAAAAGGACAUUAAGGCAAAACAGACUACUGGGUGAUUUGUUAGAGACAAAUAUUGUAUAAAUGAGCGGUGAUCUUUACACGUUAUGCAUGCAAAAUCCAGAAAACAGCCUAGAAAACGGGCAACAAGAAAAACUGCAGAGAAACUGGAAUCAAAGGUGAUGCAGGAAAACGAGUUAAAAUGAUUUUUUGUAUUACAGUUUUGUUCAUGGACACUAUAAGCGACUCUCCAUUACUGCUGUCGUAUUAGUGAAACUUCUUGGACUUCACCAGUCUUAUUCUUGUAUCUGCGUCUGUAAGAGAGUUCCAAGUGUAGUCCUAAUUUUUUCCAUUUUGCUGAACUGUAGGAUUGUUUGUGAGUGUACGGUAUUCAUGAUAGUCACAUCUAUAAAAUGAGAUGUAAUAUCUGAGAGGAAAGGUGAUUCUUCUGUUAAUUUUCCAGUCUAUAGUUUUUGAAGUACUUCAGACCAUUAAGUGAUUAUUUCUGAACUGAGGCAGUGGGCCAGAGUUUGUUUCAGUCCGGCUAGUAAACACGUGCUGGUGCUAUCCUCAUCUCACGGAAGUGUGACAGGCAGCAAAAUCUAGCUCAUUAUAUAGAAUCUAAUGUAGGGAAACAACUCCAGCCAGUUGCUGUUCCAACAGAAUAGAAGAAGAGGGACAAACAAACAAAAAAAAACCUCUCAGUUUGGACUGACUUCCACAAAAUGCUUUGUUCUGCCUCAUAAAAUCCGUGGGAUAAAUUGGAAAAAAAACACCAGUUUUUUUUGUAGCUGACAUUCUAACAGCUGCGACUCCCUUGUGGUUAUUUACUAAGAAGAACUAACACUUAUAAAGUUCUGUUGUACAGAGAGUUGUAGCUUAGUUGUUUAUCAUCUCAAGUGAUUUCAUCACUGGUCUUCAAUUCCUGAGGCUGUUUUCAAAAUGUUUGGAAGAUAUCUGUAAAUCAGCUGUAUUGCAAAUAUUGUUUUCAUUGUACAGCAUCUGUCAGUCCUCUGUUUUUGAAGUCUAUUAUUAUAACUACUGGACAUCAUCUUUAAACUCUGCUACAUUUCCUACUACUUGAAAUUCAUUCGCUGGAGAGUAGUGACUGUCCUAUGGUAACCAACUCUGUAGGCUGAUAAUGGAAGACAGUAUUGAAAGGCUCUGAUCUCUUGUCGAAAGACAGUUUUACACACUUGAGUAACUUUGCAGAGUUACUUCUGAUUUCUGCUAGUGUAAACAAUAGGAGCAUUCAGCCUAAAGCAUCUGAAUCACGACAAUUACAGUACUCUGUUGUAUAGAAAGCUGUCACUUAUUUGUUUUUCUUCCCAAGUGAUUUCUACUGGUGAUUUUGAAUUGCUGAGGCUGUUUUCUAAUCACAUCACUUCUGUGAUUCUGCUCUAAUCUCAAAAUAGACUUGUAAAAUAGGCAUUUUGAAAAGAUUAGCUGAAAUUAGGAACAAUGAAGAUGCAUUUUCUUGUGUGAAUGGGAAGAAGAAUGCUUCCAUUGAAAGUGAAGUGAUUGAGGAAUGUUGGCAUACUAAAUUGUGUUCAGGAGAGGGCAACAGUUGGGUUGAGAUGCUAAUAUUCAGCAGAAUGGAUUUUAAGUUCAAUGUAGUUAAAUUUCAUUAACACUCUUAAAAGCCUCUCGAUUGGCUUCCCUGAUCUUUCACAGUUCAUCAGUGAUCUUGUAUAGGUUGAUGAAGAGAGUCCAGCUAUGAAGGCCCUGAUUCAGUAAAGCAUUUAGAUUCCAUAAGAGUUAGAUAGUAAAAUUGCUUUGAUCCCUGGAAUUUGAUUAUCUCUGUUGAAAUAUGUUUGUGUGCUUAAAAUCAAAGUGCUAUGUUUGAUGAUGGUCAACACUGAAGUUUCCCUGAUCAAAGGAAAUACAGGUUUGUAAUUUUGAAUCUUGUUUAAACAAAGAUGUUUCAACUAAUCACAGAUUAGAGUUUCAUAUUCUACCCCAUGUUUCAGUUGCUUUGCUUUUCUUCAGUUUAAAAAUCUAAUUUUGAAUUUGAUAACUGUCUUUGGAGAAUGAAAUAGGAAAAUCAGAAUGAUGUGUUUUUAUAAUUGGGAUAUUACAAAUUUCAAAUAUU